CCUCCUUGCCACUCAGUUCACUCUCCCGUCGUAGAAUGACGACUGACAUGAACCCGCCGCCGCCCCGGAACCCUAAAACCGGGGUUGUGACCCAGGAACCUCAUCCUUCAAACUCAGACGAAGUUACGACCUCAAACUCUACUCGGACUUCAAUGAAACCCCCACCUCCAAAAUUUCUAAGCAAGUCGGACUCGGAUACAUCGAAACAAUUCGAUCAAGAGAAGUCCCAAUCACAACCGGUUAUUUCUCAAAGCGGUGCAGAACCUACUGAAAGUGCCUAUGCUCAAGAAGAUUCCAGCUUGAGCUUAAUGAGACCCCCACCUCCAAAAUUUCUAAGCAACGCGGACUCAGAUUCAUCGACACUCGAUCAAGAGAAGUCCCAAUUAAAACCGGUUAUUUCUAAAACCGGUGCUGAACCUGAUGAAAGUGCCAAUUCUCAAGAGGACUCCAGCUCGAGCUCCGUGUCCCAAAGUAAAGACACCAAUGAAGACAAGAAGCAAGAACAGCGAUCGGCUGCUUCGGUUCCGUACACGAUUCCAACAUGGAGUGGGCGUCCGUGUCAUCAGUUUUAUCUUGAAGUGCUUAAAGAUGGAUCCAUCAUUGAUAAAUUUGAUGUGCACAAGAAGGGGGCGUACAUGUUUGGGCGUGUUGAUCUUUGUGAUUUUGUCCUUGAACACCCGACCAUCUCUCGCUUUCAUGCUGUUUUGCAGUUCAAGGGAAAUGGCAAUGCUUAUGUUUAUGACCUUGGUAGUACACACGGGACAUUUGUUAAUAAAAAAGAGGUGAAGAAGAGAGUUUUUGUGGAUCUCCAUGUUGGUGAUGUCCUUCGAUUUGGACAAUCAUCACGAUUAUACAUAUUAGAAGGACCAACUGACCUGAUGCCACCGGAAGCUGACCUGAAGAGGGUAAGACAAGCGAAGAUCCGGGAAGAGAUGCAUGACAUGGAAGCAUCACUUCUCCGUGCAAAACUGGAAGCAUCUCGUGCAGAUGGGAUCUCAUGGGGAAUGCGUGAUGAUGCUAUUGAGGAAAACGAGGAUGAAGUUGACGAAAUAACUUGGCAAACUUACAAGGGACAACUUACAGAGAAGCAGGAAAAAACACGUGAAAAAGUUGUGAAAAGACUUGAAAAGAUUGCUCAUAUGAAAAAAGAGAUAGAUGCUAUUCGGGCCAAGGAUAUUUCUCAAGGUGGAUUGACACAGGGACAGCAAACUCAAAUUGCUCGUAAUGAACAGAGGAUGUCACAGAUAGUGGAAGAGCUUGAAAACUUGGAAGAGACUUUAAAUGAGAGUAUACGGGAAAGUCUUGGUGCACGCACUGGAAGGACAUCCAAUGGAAAGAAAAGGGAGCCUGAAGAAGAAGAGUUUUCAAGUGAGGAGGAUGAAUUCUAUGAUCGCACACAGAAGCCUUCAAAGAACAAAGCUGGCGAAAAUCAAUCAAUUGAGACAGCUGAUUCUCUUCUUGAUAAGAAGGAUGCCAUUGUCAGGGAAAUGGAAGACAGGAGAAAAUUAUUUCUUGAUGAAAAGGAUGGUACUGGUCAGGAAAGUGCAGUUGAAGCUGGAGAUGAACUAGAUGCUUACAUGUCUGGGCUUUCAUCUCAGCUAGCUCUGGAAAAGGAGGAAAAGCUUCACAAGGAACUCUCUACUCUCCAAACGGAGUUGGACAGAGUACUUUACUUGCUUAAGAUUGCUGAUCCCACUGGUGAGGCUGCUAAAAAGAGGGAGUUGAAAGUACAAGAACCAAAGACCAAUAUGACCAAAACUGUUGCAACUGCUGCCCAUCAGCAGUCUCCACCCGAGCAGAACAAAAAAGAUAGAGCAGAACCUAAGGUCUUAAUGGAGAAACAGGAUACUAUUGAUGCUAACUCUUCAUCCAGUCAAGAAACAAAGAAGGAGAUUGUGGCUGAUGCAGCUGGUGGUAAAAAUGUUGUGUACAUUGCUAGUAAGCCCCAAUGGCUUGGUGCUGUAGAUGAAAAGAAAAAACAAGAGAAAGUUAUUGAACGACAGACAGAACUUCAAGAAAAUGAUCAAUUUGUCGACUACAAGGACAGGAAUAAAGUUUUGGUAAAACCAGAUGCUACACAGUUGACUGCCGACUCUGGAAUUGAAAGUGCAGCUCCUGGACUAAUAAUAAGGAAGCGCAAGCAAGUUGAUAAGUCUGAUGUUACUGAACUCAAAGAUUCUCAAGAAUCCUCUGGAGCUGAUAUACAAGCAGAAGAUGCGGUAGCUCUGCUGUUGAAACAUUCUCAAAGAUACCAUAGUACUGAUGAUGAAGUGGAAUCCAGCGGACGCGAUGUAUCACAUGAAAGUCAAACCAGGAAGGAAAAGAAAAAAAAGCAGAAGAAGGUUCUUGGUCCAGACAGACCAUCAUUUCUGAAGAGUGAGAAGGACUACGAUUCUUGGGUUCCUCCUGAAGGGCAAUCAGGUGACGGACGCACCUCACUGAAUGAUCGUCUUGGUUAUUGAAUGGUCGAGAUUUUGAUUGUUUGACACAUAACUAUGGGAUGAGGUAGCUCGACUUACAGCCUCCGGAUGGAUCAUGUAACUAAAUAGCAUUUACAGCUUGGUUUGAGAUCUCAUCUUGCAAAAAUCCUUGACAGGGAUGUCUGAGAGAGAACAGCAGAGGGGUCCACAUCUGUGAUGUUUUAUGCUUGGCUGAAACACCAAUUUUGACAUUGUAGGCGGCAUAAUUCCAUGAAAGAUUUGUUGUUUGAAGAGAAGAAAAGAAGUAGAAAACGGGAAGGUACAAGAGCUGGAUUAUGAUCCCCUUCUCCCACGCUUGCUCCGUUGCUCGUGUACCUUCUGUUGAGUAACAAGAACCUAACACCUUCCUGAUUUGAAUUGUAUAUAGAGAUUGACCUGGAAAGGAUAGAGAUAAUGAGAAGAUGUGCUUGUAAUGCAAUGCUUUGUGCCAGCUCCAAAAAGCUCAUAAGUGAUUUUGUGUAGCAUGAUACAAGUCGAUUUUAUUUUUGUAUAACCCGUGUUCGGCAACCGAUUAAUCAAGAUUUUCAAUGCA